GCAAGAGCGAGGCCUGGUAGUUUUGUUUCGCUGCAAAGAAAGUUGGGAAUUGGUAGUUGGCCUUUUUUUUGUUGCAUUGUGAGGAAAGUGUGUGUGUGAGCGACACCUUUGCCUGAAUCAGUGAUUUGGUCCACCAAGGAUCUCCAAACAAUGCUAGGAUGAGCUAAUAUGUUGAAUGCUAGUUUAUUUGCAAAUGAAAAAAGUUGUUCGUCAGAUGUACGUUUGUGCAGCCACGAGCCUAAUAUUUGUUGCAACUUUACAUGUUCUUAACGCUUUAAAACUUUAAAAGCACAUUUAUUUGUGCCUCACCCACCCGGAGACCUCGAGUAGAAGCCCUUUGCUUUCUUUUCAUGUAGUUGCACUGCAUUUGCGUGUUUUACGCAUGCGUAAAGCACCCAAACAAAUGUUUCUAAGGGUGAGCAUGUCUGUCUACUGUAAUACUGUAGUCACUGUUCCUGUGUUUGGAUGCUCCACUGCCACAGUAAUCCUCAUGCAUGCUAAUCCCUCUGUUAGUGUUAGUACAGUCCCACUUGGACCACGAGACACUCACACACACACAGCUGGACUGUGAGGAGCUCUAACAGGUGGCCCAGUAUCAUGGAUUUAAAGCAGGUGUGGCAUAAAAAACGGACCUUGUGAAAUUUGUAUCCAUCUGGUAUUGGCGCAUGCGCCAUUUAGUUGUUAUUAGUUGUAUGCCUAGUGUGUGGAGUUAUGAAGUUAUCUCAUUUGUGAAAUAGUCAUCUGUGCUUCAUGGUUAAGAUUGUUGUCAUUGAUUAUAUUUUAGUGUUACAGCAUUUAUAAUCACUCUGUUUCCCGUGUGAUAGUUUGUGCAGUUGAAAAUCAUCACCAUAGUAGCAAGGAGAAACGCAUAAAAUAUGCACCGCUGAUUUUAGCGCAUGCGCAAAAUCGGCAGGAAUGCAGAUUUUUCUUCGGUAUGAUGUGCAUCACACACUUAUAGAGUGUACUCACACUCGGACAAUCAUAUCGCGCUUGGGCCCACUUCGUGCCUAAAGUCCUGCAAGUUUGGCGAGUGAGCAUCCUCUGAUCCGCGGUCUAGUCCGGUACACUUCUCCUUUUGGCAGUUCCAGAAGAGGUGGUCAGGGAAUGGCACAAUGGCUGUAAUGCGAUUGCUUCUUGCAUGCUCUUGAUGAUAACCGACACAUUUCAAAAUGGACAUAAAUCAAAAGACUCAAAAUAAUUCAAAAGUAAAAACCCACGCAACUUCGCUCACCAACUGCUACGUAGACAUGCCAUUUCAUGAACUGAAUGAACAUGAUUGCUUCUUUCCCAAGUACAGUAAUCCCUUGUGGUUAAUUGGUUCCGGACCGGACCAUGAUAAGUGAAUUUCUGCAAAGUACGAUUCCUUAUUCAUAUAUUGAAUGUUUUUGUAGUUAAAGCAUAGAAAUCCUGUUCACAACCUUCUAAACAGUCAAACCUGUCUUAGCGGCUACCUUUAUAGAACGGCCACCUGCCUAUAGCAGCCACUGAAAAAUCCCCCGCAGCAAAUUUACAUGUUAUAGACCCUGUGUAUAGCAGUCACCUGUCCAACGCGGCCAGCGGACGCCCAUUUUGUCUCCCUUGGUCAAUAUCUGACCGCAUAUAGCGGCCAAAUUACCGACUCAAGUAGAAGCUUCAUGCACGAAAUGUUUCGUUUUUCAAUCAAUGAAGCCGUCGUGUGUAGACUUUAAUUACUGAGUCCUAGCUCAGUCACAAUCAUUCACAAGAUCCACACAAACUGUGAGUUGUUCCACAUAAAAAAGCCGUCUUCUUUUGAGCUUGCUAUUUCCUGGUCAAACAUGUAACUUUAAUAGCAUUUGCACCAAAACAUUACCGCAAAUUAGGCUGGGAACAGGACGUGCUCCCAGCGACGCUACAAUAAAAAAAAAAAAAACAUACGCUAGCAUGCAUGCUAUCAUAUGUUUUUAAAAAGUCAGCGGGAGCAAAACUGAGUUCGGUUGUACUUAAUUGAAGUAUUUUAGAAUGUAUUCAUGUUAUUUUUGAUCAAUCCUCAUCCACAAAUCCAUCAAAGUCCUCAUCUUCUGUAUUCGACACAAAAAAGGCGUCUUCUUUUCCGUUCGCUACUAGUCUGUUAACUUGUCAGUGUUAUUCAGCUCCGAAGCAAAGAAGGAAACUUCUCCUGUUGCUUCUGCCAACUUUAUUUAUUGAACGCGGUCACCAGACAGCAGCUCAGAACACACACACAUCUCUCAGCAUCGUCUCUCCUUCCUGCUUGCCCACAAGGCAAAGGUUAAACAAGCCCCACUACAUAGCUGUCCAGCCAAUGCCUGUAAGAAAUUACACCGUUUAUUUCCUGGUGUGCACUGGUCAAUACUGUAAUGCCGCUUGUUGUGGGGAAGGAGAGACUCACGUCGCCGAUGCACUUUAAUGGCUUUAUUAACAGCGGAGAACACUGCAGGACUUUACAUCCACGCCAACAUAAACACACUUCCCAACUCUCUCGAAAUUCACAGCUAGCACUGAGCUUAGCUAUCCUGCUCGGGACGCCCACCGUCACUUCCCGUCACUUCCUGAUGAACUAAAGCUGUAAUGACACUCUGCCGUAUAAAAAGUAAAAUAUUAAAAACAAGCGUAAGACAUUACUAGCACAGCUUUGUUCUGUGGGCCGUGGAUAUAUUCUAUCAGUUAUUAUUAAGCCUCUAGCUUCCUUUUAGUAAGUAAAAACCUUGGCUAUGAUUGCACUACAUUGUCAUGUACAGUAGACCUACAAAGUACACUUGGAAGAACAAGACGUGAAUAAAUGUAUUGCAACUGAUGUGAAACUGAUGAGGGGUAGGAUUAAAUAAGCUUUGCUUCUUCCUACUCUUUUUUUGGACAUGCAAAAUUGUGAAUUGUACUAUGUGAUGUGCUACUGUUUGACUCAUAUGCAUGUUCAGGAUGAAUUAAAACCAUUAACCAUGAACCAUGAUAAUAACAAGCCGAGUAGUGCUGUACAACUUUUAUCCGCAGUCCGCAGUGCCCUCUACUGGUCAACAUUAUUAUUAUUAUUUUUUUUCCCUUUUUUUCCCUCUACUGGUCAACAUUCAAACUGGACGCCAACCUGUCUAUAGCGGCCACUUUUGCAGACUCCCUCCAGUGGCCGCUAUAGACAAGUUUGACUGUACAUUUUUUAACAUUAUAACACCCCUAUAUUAACCUUUACACUCGUAUUACCCUAUAUAGUAGAUGUUAUAACUGAAGAUAAGUCAUUUAAGACAUAAAUGAGACCUGUACUCGUGUGUUGCUAUAAAUAUGUUCCGGUGUUACGGGACAGGAAGUGACAUCAGGGUUCAGAGUUCAGUUUUAUCUUGAUGUGCGUUAUGACCACAGCAGUAGCUUGUGUUAGGGAUUAUUGUGCUGUUAUGAGAUAAUUCAAACCUGCAAUAAAAGCCUGUUGUUCCGGCGGCAAUCAUGUUUGGUACUUCUGUGUCUCACUGAACAUUACAGUAGUGCUGCAAUUAACGAUUAUUUUAAUAACCGAUUAAUCGGUCUAUUAUUUUUCCGAUUAAUCGAUGAAUUGGAUAUAAAAAAAACACACAUUUUUAAUUUCCGCCUCUUAGCAGCAAUCCCUUUAAGAAUGCAUGAAUGGACACCGAAAUUGAAGCAGAGUAGUAUAAACAAUCAACACACCAACAUCACACACUAUGUAGCUAAAUAGCUAUGGUGCAGGCGGAGCCAUAACUAUUUGUAGUUUUACUGUUCUACAACUACGUUUUGUGUGUAUGCGUGGUAAGAGGUGAGCAUAAAUCUACACAUUUUCCUACACACAAGUACAAGUGGAUGAAUCCCAUACUUUGCGUGGGAAUGUUAUGCACGCUCUACGUAUACAUACUGUAUCUGCAAUGGUUGGCUUUGCAAGGUAUCCGAAAGAGGCAAAAAUGUCUAAUGCUCUUUUCCAAAGUUAAUCUGAUGUGUGUUUUGCCUGAAACACAAAGAUAACAGGUGUGCUUUCAUGGAAGACUAAGGAAAUUUAAAAAGUCACAUUUGAGAGGCUGAAAUCAGGAUAUUUACAGUACAUUUUUUAAUGAAACGAUCCAUCGAUUACCAAAAUAGUUGUUGAUUAAUUGGAUAAUUGAUUAAUCAUGGAUUAAUCAUUGCGACUCUACAUUAGUACCAUUACUGCACAAUACAAAUAGUCAGCUGGACUCCAAAUAAGACUGGAAAUAAUCCACAGUCAGGGAAAUUGCAGUAAUACAGCAGAAUACAGAUGUAUUCACAAGUGCGCAGGCCAAGUCCACCAUGCUGCGAAUGGCCGAGUAGUGUGAGUAUGCCCAAAGUGCCACGAUGCCUCUUCACUCUCACUGGGUGCAACAAGGGGUGCUUUACGCCGUGAGGACGCUUUCCUCACACUCUUAUCAGGCUUUCAAGCGACACAGCAGGUGGCCUCGAUGGUGUGAAUGGGUGAGUCGGAAGGAAGUUCCUCACCCAAGAGACCCCCACCACUUUUCUGGGUGAUUGGCAGGCGGAGAGAAGACGCUUCAGAGCGUGUGCCAGGGCGAUUACUGCUUCAAGCGAUGCUCUCUGUAGCCUCUGCGAGCUUCCAGUCGUCUCUGUCAGCUUAGAUUUCCGACACAAGCGUUGGCCUAUCCAUCUGAGGAGGCGUGGUUGUCCACUUGUGAUGCCAUUGAGAAUGUAAGGAUGCUAAUAGUCUGUACAGUCAUACUAGCCAUAACAUUUGUAAAAAAACAAAAAAACAGGUUUUAAGAGUGUUCUGCCACGACGACGAGCCACUCCCGGAUCUUGUCUUACACUUGCGUCUUAUCUGAAUCAUUUACUGUCAGCUCAAUACUCAACUAGAACUGAAAAACAAGCCAUUCCAGGGGGCUUUGUUUUGUUUGGAUUUUAUAUUAAAGGGAUCGUGCGGAUUCUUUGACAUGAAGUUGUAUGACAUCCCGAUCAGCAUUGUAGUCCAAUAACAGUGACUUACCCCCCUCUUGGUCCAGUUCUGGUCAGAUUCCUGUGAUGAAGAACAUAGUUCCGCUUAGUUGCUGGGGACAAUUAAGGAAAGAGUUUGGCUUCUAAAAACAAUAUGCAUUCAAAAGAUUAAAACAUUUGCAUCACAAAAAUGCUUUCUCAAAAACUGAAACCUCACAAAACGUUCAGCGUUAUAUCUGUCUCCCGCCGUAUCCCUAUGCACUGUCGUCUGUGCGUUCAUCUGAAUGUGACAAAGACACUUGCAUAUUCUUCCGCUGUGGAACAGAUACGUAAACAAGAUGGCCGCGGCGCUCCGUCGCGGAAGUAGAUGUGUCACACAAUCACACAGCAGUCUGGGCACAGUGAGGGGGAACUACCGCUGUAGCUACGGAGCCGAAUAUUCAACAUCCAACGUGAAACUCACUUCACCACGGUACACUGCGGACAUGUCUACAUGGUGGUGUUGCGUUUUCCUUUUCUUGUGGGUCGUGGGAGUCGAGUGGCAACCAGCUCAACCAGAGGCGCACUACGGCACCUAGCAUGUUGGAGUGUGGCCCAGAGUUACGAACGUUACCGGAUCGGCCUGAUCUCGUGGCGGAGGCCGAUAUCUGAUCUUCACAAUACAGCAGAUCAGCAGCCGAUCCCGAUCCUGAAGAUCGGCUCGGGAAAUCCCUAGAUAUAACACUCGGUCACUGGGAACAACAUUAGGCACAGUUGUGUAUGAUGAAAUUCAAAGACUGUAUCGGUAUUGUCUGCUAAUGUAUGGAUAUGUUAAAUAGCCUGACCUGAAAAUGUGUUAGACCCCCUCUGGUCAUUGUCCCUUCUUUUAAAUGUUUUUGAUGGAUGGUGUGGCCACUCGGCUCCUCCCAGCGCCUGUGCCCUUAUUAGCAUUUAUAUGGCCCUCAGUUCGCAUGUGUAUGAGCUUGCAAAGCCAGCAUGCUUUGCACCAUUUAGGACCACUACCAAAUAUUUUGGCCAUAACAAAAGAUACAUGGUGACACUCUUGAAAGAAAAAACUGCAAGGGUUAGCUUAGUGUGUCUUUUGUCCUAAGGAGCAUCCUUCUGUUUUGUAGCUUUUCGUCACCUUACAUGAAUAAAUAGACUAUUUGGAACUAACUAAUUGCUAAAGUAAAUGUAAAAUCCUUUACCAAAUAACUUUCUAGUGUUUGUGUGUAAAUGUUGUAAUAUAGCGUAUUUGCUAUUGAAUAAAAACGACCGUAAAUUCUCCAAUUAUAGCCGGGACAUUUGUUUACCUAAAGCGGAAAGAGGACUGGGUUUUAACUGGAAGCAGGCAUAAUUGGAUAGAGGUUGCUAUUUCCAAAAUGUAAAAACUCAGCUUUAUUUUUUGAAACUUUAGUAAUAAUUUAGAGUAUUUAGAGUAGAGCAGAGUAAGUAUGUUAGAGCAGUGCAGGACAUGUAUGAGGACUGUAAGACAUUGGUGAGGUGUGCUGUAGGUGUGACAGAGGAGUUCAAGGUGGAGGUGGGACUGCAUCAGGGAUCAGCUCUGAGCCCCUUCUUGUUUGCUAUGGUGAUGGACAGAUUGACAGAUGAGGUUAGACAGGAAUCUCCAUGGACUAUGAUGUUUACAGAUGACAUUGUGAUCUGCAGUGAGAGCAGAGAACAGGUGGAGGAGAAGCUAGAGAGGUGGAGGUUUGCCCUGGAAAGGAGAGGAAUGAAGGUUAGCGCAGUAAGACAGAGUACAUGUGUGUGAAUGAGAGGGACCCAAGUGGAAGAGUGAGGUUACAGGGAGAAGAGAACAACAAGGUGGAGGAUUUUAAGUACUUAGGGUCAACAGUCCACAGCAAUGGAGGAUCUGGAAAAGAGGUGAAGAAGCGUGUACAGGCAGGAUUGUACGGGUGGAGAAAAGUGUCAGGUGUGAUGUGUGAUAGCGUUUGAGCUAAAAUGAAAGGAAAGGUGUACAAAACUGUGGUGAGACCAGCAAUGUUGUUUGGUCUGGAGCAGGGGUCACCAACGUGGUGCCCACGGGCACCACGUAGCCCCCCACGACCACAUGAGGUGCCCGCAAGCCUGCUUUUCAGUUAAUAAUGAAAGAACAGUAGAAAGAAAUGCAUUCUGAAAUACAAAAUGUGAGUUGUAGACACCAGCAUUUUGUUAAUGUUCUGGUAAAACAAGCAUAUUCGCUUUGUUUGGGUUUAAAAUAAGCUCUGAAAAUAAAUGUUACAAAAAUGAGUGGCUCUUGGCCAUUUUCAUUUUGUAAAAGUAGCUCUCACAAGGAAAAAAACGUUGGUGACCCCUGGUCUAGAGACAAUGUCAAUGAGGAAAAGACAGGAGACAGAGCUGGAGGUAGCAGAGAUGAAGAUGCUGAAGUUUUCUCUGGGAGUGACCAGGAAGGAUAGGAUCAGGAAUGAGUACAUCAGAGGGACAGCAAAUGUUAGAGGUUUUGGAGAUAAAGUCAGAGAGGCCAGACUGAGAUGGUUUGGACAUGUCCAGAGGAGAGAUAGGGAAUAUAUAGGUAGAAGGAUGCUGAGUUUUGAACUGCCAGGCAGGAGGCCUAGAGGAAGACCAAAGAGGAAGUUUAUGGAUGUAGUGAAAGAGGACAUGAAGGUAGUUGGUGUGAGAGAAGAGGAUGCAGAAGACAGGGUUAGAUGGAGGCAAUUGAUUCGCUGUGGCGACCCCUGAAGGGAAAAGUCGAAAGGAAAAGAAGAAGUAAUGAUUUAGAGUAUAUGAAAAAGGAAAACAUAGUUCUCCUUGACCGAAUGGUCAUUUAGUAGCAGUUUGGAUGCAACAGAACCAAUGUUGUAGUAGCGGUAAGGAGAAAACUGCUGAGUCAGCAUUAAUAGCCUAAUGAGUUAAUUGUCCAGAAGACUGGUUCCAGACCCCUUGCCGUGCAUCAAGGUAAAUCCGACUAUAUCUAGUUGGAACUUCUCCACCUGGUGCACCAGCUCAUGCUCCUUCCCCACCACAGAGGUGACAUUUCACGUACCGAGAGCUAGCUUCUACAGCCGAGGAUCGGACCACCAAGGUCCACGCUUUCGGCUGCCACCCAACUCAUUCUGCACUCGACCCCUUUGGCAGCUCACAUUAGUGGUGAGCUUAUUGAGGCCCAUUUUGCCUCUUCGGGCUGUGACCGACUGUCCCCGGGCCCCAUGGGUGUAGGACCGGCUACCAGAUGCUCGCCAUGGUGCCCCACCUCCAGGCCUGGCUUCAGAGGGGCACCCCGGUGACCCGUGUUCAGGCUUGAUGAUGGGUUGCGUCAGGAGUAAAGAGGACAAAGGCCCGGCGCUGAAGUACCGACCGGAUAACAGUGCCACUAGCAGUCCAGCCAAUGCCCACCUGGGCCAUUACGGCCCUGAGCCCACCAUGAUGGGCUACUCACCGGCAGCAAAGAACCUCAAUAAUAGCUACAACAGCCAUGCCGCUGCUGCCGCUGCUGCUAUCACCCCCUUUGGCGGGGCGUCGUCUGCCAUGACGCCCUUCGGCGGCGCCUCCACCUCCUUCACGUCGGUGGCUGUGAGUAGUCCCUUUCCCGGCGUCAUCACAGGCGGCGUCACAUUCUUUGUGGCACUGUACGACUACGAAGCGAGGACGUCGGACGAUCUGUCAUUCAAAAAAGGGGAUCGCUUCCAAAUUAUCAACAACACGGAAGGAGACUGGUGGGAGGCUCGUUCCAUCAACACCGGACAGAAGGGUUACAUCCCCAGCAACUAUGUGGCCCCAGCGGACUCCAUACAGGCUGAAGAAUGGUAUUUUGGCAAAAUGGGCCGUAAAGACGCUGAAAGACUUUUAUUGCUUCCGGGAAACCAGCGAGGUACUUUCUUGGCCCGAGAAAGCGAGACGACCAAAGGUGCCUACUCUCUGUCCAUCCGGGACUGGGAUGAAGUAAAGGGAGACAACGUGAAACACUACAAAAUUCGAAAGCUGGACAGCGGCGGUUAUUACAUCACCACCCGAGCUCAGUUUGAGACACUACAGAAGCUGGUGAAACACUACACAGAACAUGCCGAUGGUCUGUGCUACAGGCUGACGACAGUGUGCCCCACGGUGAAGCCGCAGACUCAGGGCCUGGCCAAGGAUGCCUGGGAGAUCCCCAGAGAGUCUCUGCGACUGGAAGUGAAACUGGGCCAGGGCUGCUUCGGGGAGGUCUGGAUGGGCACGUGGAACGGCACCACCAAAGUGGCAAUCAAGACCCUGAAGCCGGGCACCAUGUCGCCAGAAGCCUUCCUGCAAGAGGCUCAGAUCAUGAAGAAACUGCGGCAUGACAAGCUGGUGCCUCUCUAUGCCGUGGUGUCUGAAGAGCCCAUCUACAUUGUCACUGAGUUCAUGGGCAAAGGGAGUCUACUGGACUUUUUGAAGGAGGGAGAUGGCAAAUACCUGAAGCUGCCCCAGCUGGUGGACAUGGCUGCACAGAUUGCAGAUGGCAUGGCCUUCAUUGAGAGGAUGAACUACAUCCACAGGGACCUGAGAGCCGCUAACAUUCUGGUGGCCGACAACCUGGUUUGUAAAAUUGCGGACUUUGGCCUAGCCCGACUCAUCGAGGACAACGAGUACACCGCUAGACAAGGUGCUAAGUUCCCCAUCAAGUGGACAGCACCGGAAGCAGCUCUAUAUGGACGCUUUACUAUCAAGUCAGAUGUGUGGUCAUUUGGUAUACUACUGACUGAACUGGUCACCAAAGGCAGAGUUCCCUAUCCAGGGAUGGUGAACAGGGAGGUGCUGGAGCAGGUGGAGCGAGGCUACCGCAUGCCGUGCCCUCAGGGCUGCCCUGACUCGCUCCAUGAGAUGAUGCGUCAUUGCUGGAAGAAGGAGCCCGAUGAGAGGCCCACCUUCGAGUACAUCCAGUCCUUCCUGGAGGACUACUUCACGGCCACCGAGCCACAAUACCAGCCGGGGGACAAUCUCUAGUACACCAGUUCGAGACUCAGUGAAGCUCACUGAGGAGCAAAGUGCAAGAGGCGAAAAGUGGCCACAACACUGUGAUCAAUACCAGACUAGUUAGUCCUCUCAUUUCAAAUUAAUGAUGAUUUUGACUGUUUUUAUCAUGAAUCCUCUUCUCAUUUCCCCUUUCUUCCUAUACUGCAAAAAUAAAUCUCCACCAUGGGAGUGGGGAUCUUUUAUAUGUACAGUAGUUUGUUGCGAGUGUGUGUAAGCUGAUGGAGCAAAUGGUGCAGGAAUGUACGCAGAUCAAAUGUACAGAAAAUGUUUUUGAGCAAGUGUGGCCAGGUGGACGAAUGGCAAGAUGAUGUUCUUUUUUUUUCUUUUUAUAAUUCUGAUGCAUUACAGCAUUUUAAUGCAAAAACACUAACUUAAAAAAAAGUGCAAACAUUUCCUAAUUUCCUGUGGCUAGGGAAUUUAUUUCUGUUGUAUUCUUUUUUUUUUUGGGUGAAAAGCACAUCACACCAUUUCAGUGACAUUUUUCAGCAAAUGAGUUGAGCCGUUCAUCGUUAAUAUACAGUAUCAUGUCCAAUAUAGCACACAGUCAAAAACAUGACAUUUAUACAAUUUCCUGAUUGCGAUGGAUACAUUCUUGGCCUCCACAAUGAUGUUAUGUCAGUUAAACACUAAAAAAGCAAGUUCAUGUUGCAUGAACUCUACACUGUUUUUUCCCAAGUGUAACACUACAAAACACAAUUGUUUUUAAAUGGCAGAGCUAACAAUGCAAAUUUCAAAUGAGUCGAAAAUGGUGUUUGUUAUAUUUACUGCUCUGUCUGUCCAGUUGUGCUUGAUGGGAAAAAUUGCAUAAGAAUGCCUAGGAGAAAGAUGUGAACAUUUUUAAAAUUUUAAUUUGUUUUUAACUCCGUUUCUGUUUCUGUUGUUCUCCUCUGGAGAACAUAAUUAGUGAUUGUUCCUAAAGUUAGGACUUGAGUAAGUCAGGGGGAGCGGGAGAUGAUAAUGAAAUGACACAAAAUGGUAACUAAUAGAAUUUUUGUACAGAAAAAAAAUAAAAAUUUUUACUUAAAAAUGCA